UCACAGUGACGACUGAUCGCUUAUAUAUUUUUGUACAGUUCCUGACAUUAUUUUAUUAAAAAAAUAUGUUUCUAUAUACAUUGUUUAUAACAACUUUAGUUGUUUUACAAUCUUGCAUCAGCUAUGCAAGAAUAGCACCUGAUUAUAUAACCCCGUGCGUGGGACUAAAGCCCGUCUGUCUAAAGAAGAACAUUCAAGAAACAAUUCCGAGAUUUGUUAAAGGUAUCCCGAGUCUUGGUGUCAAUUCCACCGAUCCUCUGACGUACGACUACGUUAAUGUAGAACUGCCUGGUGGAUUGAAAAUUGAAUUUAAAGAUGGUGUACUAAAGGGACUUCGAAAUUGCUUAGUCAAUGAUGCUCAAUUCCAAAACAAUGAUGCCGAAGUCGAGUUAACUUGUAAUACCACAAUCAAAGGAAAAUACAAAGCACAAGGACAAAUACUUAUUAUCUCAAUAAAUGGAGACGGGGACGCUAAACUAAAAAUAACUGACUUGAACCUUAAAAUAAAGCUUAAGUUCAUCGACAGUAUCCGCAACGGGGUAACUUAUUAUGAUAUUGAAGAUUACAAAGUAUCUUAUAACAUUAAAGGCAAAUUACAAUUCGCGCUUACUAAUUUGUUUAAAGGAAACCCUGAACUUGGUCAAACAGUGUUGGCGUUCUUAAACGAAAAUUGGAAACUUGUAGAUGCUGAAUUUGGAAAACCGUUAUUUGAUAUUGUCAUCGCCAUUGCAUUUGACAAUGUAAAGAAGUUUUUCAGUAUGAUACCAAAAGAGGAACUUGUAAUGUUAUAAGUUAAUUAUGAAUGUAUUUUUAAUGUAAAUUGCGUUAUAAAUGAGAAAAAACUCUUAGAAAACAAUGCAGGUAAAUGGAAUUAUGGGCAUUAAACAAAAUAAUUGCUUGGUCUAGAACUCAAGCUUUCUAAACUAAAGGGGUUUGUUGUUUUCCUAUUAUUUUAGUCAGAACUUUUUUUUCUAUUCUAU